GUUGUUCUGCAGUCUAGGGGGUGUGCGAUUGGGUCCAGCGGGGAGUAUCCCUCGUUUUGAUUGGCUGGCAGACGGCCGAGUUGGCAUGUGUCCACAUGAGGUGACUGGGACACCGGCCAUGGUGGAGUGGUAGCCGUCAGAAUGCAGUGUGUAGGAGGCGCCGAUACCCGGACAGGGGAUGAGGAGAAGAGCGAGGAGCCUCAUGUCAGUCCGGAUGGAGAACAAGCGGUGCUGCCAGUGACUGAACCCCCGGGGGGAGCCGCCUGUCCUCCAUCCUCAGUGGAGCCUCUCUCCCCGGGAGGACGAAGAAUGGAGCUGAGCGAUGAGCUUCGCCUGAGAGCCCUCACCCUGUGCAGGGAGUACCUGGGGGGGUCCUGGAGGAGCAUCCAACCCCAACACAUCCGGGUCUCUGUGGUCAGUGGCGGUCUCAGUAACCUGUUGUAUAAGUGCAGUCUCGUAGACACUGUUCAGACCCAGUCCAAUGAACCACGACAAGUUCUUUUACGGCUGUAUGGGGCUAUCCUGCAGGGUGUGGAGUCUCUUGUUCUGGAGAGUGUCAUGUUUGCAAUACUUGCCGAGCGAUCCCUGGGUCCUCAUUUGUACGGUGUGUUCCCACAAGGUCGCCUGGAAGAGUACAUUCCGAGUCGACGACUGGUGACCGCAGAGCUCCGUGAUCCAGAGAUCUCAAGUGAGAUUGCAGCCAAGCUCUCCAGGUUCCACAAGAUGGUGAUGCCAUUUAACAAGAAGCCAGUAUGGUUGUUUAAGACUAUGGAGAAGUACAUGUCUCAGAUUUCUUCUCUCUCCUUUACGAGAGCCCAUCUUGUGGAGAAGUUCAACAAGCUGAAGAGCUUACAUUUAGAGGAAGAAAUUAAGAGACUGAAGCUCCUUUUGGAAUCCACGCCGUCUCCUGUAGUGUUCUGCCACAAUGAUGUUCAGGAAGGAAAUAUUCUGCUAUUGUCAGCUCGUUCGACCCACCCAUCAGAUAAGCUCAUGCUCAUUGACUUUGAAUACAGCAGCUACAAUUACAGAGGAUUUGACUUUGGGAAUCACUUUUGUGAAUGGGUAUACAAUUAUCAACAUGAUGAGUGGCCAUUUUACAAAGCAGAAUUGAGCAACUACCCAAACCGACAGCAGCAGCUUCACUUUUUCCACUCAUACCUGAUGGAAAAUAAUCCAGCGCUCAGCGAGGAGGAUCGGCAUGUUCAGGCGGAGGCAAUGAUUAUUGAAGUGAACCGGUUUGCUUUAGCUUCACAUUUCUUCUGGGGUCUCUGGUCUAUCCUGCAGGCAAAAAUGUCAACUAUUGAAUUUGGUUACCUAGAUUACGCUAUCUCACGGUUUGAUGCCUAUUUUCAACAUAAAAACCUCUGGUCCUAAAUUUCAAAUGAACCUCCAUCUUACCAUUUUCCCCUACUGCAACUAAACACUUGCAAGUACGUGUUGGCCACUUAUCCGCCCAGUUUCAGUGAUCUGUAUGCAUUGUUUUCAGCUCUGCAUGGAAACGUGAUUGGGUGAUCGUCACAAUCAGACUUUUGACCUCCAUUCAAGUUUUUCAUAUUUAUUUAUUUUUACUAAAAAGGGCUCUGUAUUGCCUUGUUUUAGUCUGUCAACCACAAAACCAAAGCUGUUGGUCAUCAGUGUAAUGUACGUUGAAAAAAAUUAUGUCAAAUGUAUUUAUUUGGCUAGCCUCAUACAUUAACAUUAAGUAGAUGGGAUAUAAAACCUUGUAGUACAAUACCGUCCAUAUGAAUAUGCCAGUAUCAUAAUUAAGUAUUGAAUAUUUUGGUGGUUUGAAAUAUGGCAAUACUUGCUUAUCCAAAACCAUCCAGCUGUAUGAAGUUCACAUGAAGCAGACAGAACUUUUGUGUACACAUACCCUUGUUCUUACUUGGAUACAUUUUAUUACGCAGCCAUGCCUAUGCCUAAAUAAAUUAUUCCGUGUUUGGA